AGAUGCAGACAAAUGCGCCUUUCGAAAUCGAUGUGCAAACGCGCUCCAUCGUCAAUAGCUCAGCCCAAAAAUUGUUUCUCGUAAGUCAUUAGCGGUUCAUUUGUAAAAUAUGUUUCAAAAAAUGAAUCUGAAUUCCCGGUCUUGACGCGAAAACUUUCGUUAAAUGCGGAAAUGUGUUUUCAAAGAGUAUUGUAGUUUCCGGAUAUCGAGCUGUACAUCUUCUUGCAAACCUCGCAAAAUAUCGAUUUCCUAUUUUUUUUGCAUUCUAAAAACUCGAAUUAAUCAUUUUUCUGUUGCCGAAAAAAUAGUGCGCACAGAGAAGGUGCUCGAGACGACGAGACAGAAUUGUCCGCGCAGUAAUUUUUUUUUCGGGUAAAAUGAACGAUGCUCCAAGUACGAGUAGAGACGCCGCUCAAUGCGAAAUUUGUGGACGAAUUUUGAAGUCGGAUGAGAGUUUAAGAAAGCACGAGAGGAUUCAUGACGAGGCUGAACGAAAACUCGAAUGUUCCACGUGCCAAAAGCGAUUUCAUAACGCCGAAUUGCUCCGAAAACACCAAAUUGUUCAUGAUAUUCCAAAAAAAUCGAUAAUUUGUGAGGUUUGCGGCAAGAAAUACAGCUCGAAAUCGGCGUUAGCAAAACACAAAAGGACGCAUGAGACGGAUAAAAGAUUCACAUGUCCAAUGUGCUACGCGAGUUUCGAUUUAAGUGAUCCAUUCAAGAUCCACUUGCGGAAACAUGAUAAUCUGAAGCCAUUCGGGUGCAGUUAUUGCUUCAAGCAGUUCUCAUCUCGAUCCGUGUGCCGUCGUCAUGUUCAGCUGAUGCACGAGAAUCAGAAGCGAGCCGGUGAUGGAGAUAAUGAUGAUGAUGAUGAUAUUGAUUGAUUUGUGUUGGAAAAUAUGAAUAAAUAUUUACAUAUAUA